GACACACACACACACACACAGACACACACAGAGAGACAGAGAGUGAGCGGCGCUCCAGUACAGAAGAGAGCGACAACAUCCGGGACAGUGAGCUCGCGCAGGAGCGCAAUGGCGGCGGAGGCGAGCCGAGGGCCUUUGGACCUGGCCACCAAAGUUGCAGCUGAGUUGAGACGCUGAGGUAUCGCCAUGAGGACGCUCGGCCGAAGAAGUAGGAGUCUGAACCGGAGUUGAAGGAGAGGAUCUCCUCAUCCAAUGAAGAUGGCGGCCCAAUCCCAGACCGCCAGCGAGCUGCCCUUGGAGGACCUGCUAGCACUUUAUGGCUACACGGUGUCCGAUCCAGCCAAGCAGAACUGUCAUGUCGCCGCCACUCUGCCAGGCAUGACUCUGGACAAGAAGCAGAUAACCGAGGACCUUUUCCAAGGAGAAGAGGGAGUCGAGUCCUCCGCUGAUGACCUCACCCCUUCGGUCACCUCCACUACCUCUGAUCGGCUUCAUCACCUGCCUGCCGGCGACAAAGACACACCAGUCAGCUCAUGUGACGAGGAUUCGGACAAUGAAUCUCUUCCCUCCAAUGAAGAACACAAGGAGAUCAUGGUCGGUUCCAUGUACCAGGCAACAAUCCCUCCACUCUGUCCCUAUACUUACCAGGAAAUAGCGUACAACAGUGGGGACCAGUUGUUGUGGAGACCUGGGGCUCUGACGGCGCAGGAAGUGGAGGCGUUCUUGCUGAGCGCGCAGAGGCCGGGGGAAAUGUGCAAACAGAAGUGUAGCGGCACCGCCCGAGACAACGAGCAGGCGCUGUAUGAGCUGGUGAAAUGCAACUUCAACACAGACGAGGCACUGCGACGAUUGAGCUUCAAUGUGAAAGUGUUCAGUGAAGAGCUGUGCAGCUGGAGUGACGAGGAGUGCGGGAGUUUUGAGCAAGGCUACAAAGUUUACGGGAAAAACUUCCACCUCAUUCAAGCUAACAAGGUACGCACCCGCUCCGUGGGGGAGUGUGUGGAGUAUUACUACAUGUGGAAGAAGUCUGAGCGCCACGAGUUGUUCACUCAACAAGCCACCAGGAUCACCCGCAAGAAGUACUCCUUGCAGUUGGAGAGCGUGGAGGAAGGAGAGCAGGACGGGGAUGCUGGCGACGUGGAGGCCACCAAUCAUUCUGCCGCCUUGUUGUCCCGCAGCUCCGCAGUCUCCGGCAAGCUGGCGCCACCUUUACCGCCGCACUCCAGCCUGGAACUGGACAAACGAGAUGAAGACCUGCUGACGGGGCGCUGUGGCGAUGGACGCCCUCAGAAGCCGCCGAGCUGCCCCUCCCCCGUCCCCGCGCAUCAGAAGGACGUCCUCCCAGGCAACUGCUGCCCAACGGCUCCGGUCCGGCUCCGGCGCACCUGCCAGGACCUUCUGACCUGCCGGGACCAUCGGCACCCUGUGGCCUUCUUCCAGUUCCACGUGAGUGACGGCCCUUUCAUCCCCGAGGAGGCGGCAGCGGGUGUGCCCGCCGACUCCUCCGUCGGCCGCGGGUGGGACUUUACCUGCUGCGGGCCUCCUCGCCCUCGCCUGCCGCCUUCUCGGCAUGCUCCGCCCCCCCCCGUCCACUCCGAGCACUUGGAAACAUCCCAAUGAAUCCGCUCUGAAAGCAAAAAGGACUUUGCAGCAAUAAGUGAGGAGCACACUUUAUUUGUCCUCCAUCCACGAUCAGAUUAGCAUCAGGUCAAAGUCCUCGGGCCGCUGACUCGUGGCGUUUGGCUUCUUGCAGCACACGCUCUUCACUUGCUCAGACCUCGCUGAAAAAGUCCCAAAGGAGCGUUCACAAAGGUGCAAUGUCUGGGACUAAUAUUCACUCUCGCUUUAGAGGGGAAUGGGAAUAUCUUUUUAUUUUUUUAAUGCAUUCUAAAUCGUAAAUCAACACUAGCAGAAGUCAGCUAACAAUAGAGCCAAAGGGAGUCGCCAUAGUCCGCCUAUAAAGCGCUCUAAAAACCUCCAAAAACCUCCAUUGUUGUUUUAUAUACACACUGAGUAUUUAUGUAACGUAGUAACAUUCAUAAUAACAUGUAAUGUUUACGUAUUUUGCUCAUUUUAAGCAUACGGCGGCGCAUAAAUUUCACAGAAGCAUCCGCUUCUUGUAUUUUUGAGCCUGAAUAUAAGGAGGAUGAGCUACAAGUUUUAGAAGCUGAGUGCUAAGAUCCAGCUUUAGUAG